CGUACGACACAACGAUCAACAGAUUCCCUCGAGUCCUAAAAACACUUUCGAAAGUUUCGCUUGCGAGUAUCGAUGAUAUACGGACAUUUUCAUUUCUGAGACUCGGUGCGGUGUGCGACAUCCAUCGCAAUAUGUUCAAUGACAGAGGUGAGACUAAUCCACGUGUAAGACGUAUAUUUCUAUAUGUUAGCUAUAUGAAGGUUCUGACGUUAUCAAAGCAGAAAUUUGAGAGCAUAUCCUAUCGAAUUGGACAAUAAUAAGGGGUUGAUUCGGCUUGAGGCCUGUCAAUGGGCACUUCGUCGUCUCGCAAUUUUGAGCCCUGCCAACACACUUUUAUAUCGAAGCAUUCCAGAGAAGUCACAGGGUGUAGACCUCCCGACAUGGCAACCACGAUGGAUGCCCAGAUAAGUCAACAAGAUGACUUGGGUCACGAUACAUUGAUGGGAUUUCAAGAAUUAGAUUCCCACCUUGCUAUAUUUGAGUCUACGGAGAACGCAAGAGAUUCAUCCACCCCUGAUACUAUUUCUACUCCUGGCUUCGACCCAACCAUCGAUACCAUUGAAUCACAACCAGCUUUUGAAACCUUUGAGCAUACUAUCAUCGUUGACAGCUCUAUUGGUCAUUUUCAACCUGAUGUCAAAUCCCGUGCAAGGGUUAUCAAGAAUCUCAAACCUAGUACGGACGUCAAUAAAAAGUACGUGUUAAUCGACCAUCCCGUUUUGGCUUGUGGGGUCCCGAAUGAGCCGUUGGCUUUUUUAUUGACCUUUUAUAGAGCUGCAGGUCAAUCCAAAUACGCCUCUGAUGGCAACAUAAUCCUGAAGCCCGAAAGCGCUCGAGAUUCUUUAGCCUCUUCAAUGACUACAGAUCACGACGACGGUACCUCAUCACUGUCCUCACUGUCAAGCCACCCUAAUUCUCCAGCAUAUGUCGAUAAGCAUUUCGGAGAGGUUACAAAAAUAUCAUCCUUGGAUGAAAAUAGACAGAAAUAUAAUGUACGUCCGAAAGAAUCGAUACCCACGGAUAUUCACCCAGCGGAAUAUGCCAGACAGUGCAUCGCAGCAGCAGAAUCAUCACGGCUCAGUCCAUACACUUUGCAUCCAGAGGAGUAUCAUUUGUUACGUAGGCAUAUAAGCCAUCAGCAGGUCACGACGUAUCUUAAUAUCAGAAAUGGAAUCCUCAGGCUUUGGACCCGCAAUCCGUCAAUACAUGUAAUGAGAGAUGAAGCUAUUGGAUGUGCAAGAGAUGUUCGUUGGUUUGAAGCUGCUCGGAUAUGCCACGAAUGGUUGGCUCGGCGCGGUUAUAUCAACUACGGUUGUCUCGAAAACCCGGAAUCCAAAAUAGAUAAAAGCGAGAUGCGAAGUACCGGACGAAAUAGGCGAACUAUUGCCGUCAUUGGAGCUGGCAUGUCUGGCUUAGGCUGUGCUAGACAGUUAGAAAGCCUCUUCGCCCAAUUCGAAGAUCGUUUUCAUGAAAUGGGUGAGGAAUUACCCCACGUAGUCAUAAUAGAAGGCAGAGACCGAGUUGGUGGGAGAGUAUAUUCUCGGCAAUACGAAUCGCGACCAGAAUAUCCAACCCUAAUUCCUGGCAGUCGAUAUACUGCAGAAAUGGGCGGUAUGAUUAUUACAGGGUUUGAUCGUGGCAAUCCGCUAAACGUUAUUGUAAGAGGACAACUUGCGCUGCCUUAUCAUCCAUUGAAGCCAGAUACUACGAUAUAUGAUGAUGGUCGCCCGGUUGACCUCGAACGCGAUCAGCAUGCCGAAAAGCUUUUCAAUUAUAUCCUCGACCGCGUUGGCGAGUACAAGUUUAAAAUUCCACCACCGCCUCUCAUCGAUGGUGAUAGAGACCAUCUAGAUGCGGGACGCGAUGGCAAUGGGGAUGGAUCUCGAACAAUUAGCGAGGUUGAGAAUAGAGCCAGUUUUGCCACGCAGUCUGUUGCAAGUGAGAAAUCAUCUACUCUCGAACAAAUGGUGCCAGUGGCAUCAGACAGGCUCACCGGAAGAGCUCAUUUGGAGCCCGGGAUUCCAGCUGUGCAUACUGCUGCUUACAAAGCCCGCGAGAUUGGAUGGAAGCUUAGAGAUGGUGUUGGCAUUGAAUUUGAUCUAGACCUUGAACGACCGACGAGUAAAGAGAAUGCUACACUUGGGUCAGUAUUUGAUGACGCUAUUCGGCAGUAUAUGAGGAUGAUUGAUUUUACUCCGCUUGAUCUCAGGCUCAUUAAUUGGCACGUUGCAAAUCUCGAAUACAGUAAUGCGAUCACCUGCAAUAAGUUGAGCUUGGGAGGUUGGGAUCUCGACGCCGGUAAUGAAUGGGAAGGCAAGCACACAAUGGUCACAGGAGGUUACCAACAAGUUCCUCGAGGUCUACUCAAUUUCCCACGACUACUGGAUGUGAAGAAAAGAAGUGCAGUGGAACGUAUUGUCUACAAUCCUCAUCCUACCAUUGCCUCUUCUAGGAUUGACUGUGAGAAUGGCGAGUCAAUCGAGGCAGAUUACAUCGUUUCCACUAUCCCGCUGGGUGUUUUGAAGCAAAACAAGAUUGAAUUCGAACCAGAACUACCUUCAUGGAAGACUGGUGCAAUUCAGCGGAUCGGUUAUGGGAUCCUUAACAAAAUUAUCCUGGUCUACAAAGAGCCUUUUUGGGACGAAGGCCGAGAUAUCUUUGGAACUCUGCGUAAUCCACCCAACAAAUUCAGUCUAGAUCAAGGAGAAUAUUUCACACAUAGAGGAAGAUUUUUCCAGUGGUUUAACUGCACAAAGACAUCCGGCAUGCCAACUUUACUAGCUCUCAUGGCGGGCGACGCAGCGUUUCACACGGAGAAGACCUCAAACGAAGAAUUAAUAUGUGAGGCUACAAGAGUUCUACGAGGUGUUUUCGGUGAUCACAUUCCUAUGCCUGUAGAGUCGAUUGUGACUCGUUGGGGCAAAGACCAAUUUUCCCGUGGCAGUUACUCUUACACUGGGCCAAAUUUCCAAAGUGAUGAUUACGGAGUCAUGGCAAAGCCUAUUGGUAACCUAUUCUUCGGUGGAGAGCAUACUUGUGGUACACAUCCAGCUACCGUUCAUGGAGCUUACAUCUCGGGUCUUAGGGCAGCCUCGGAGGUAUUGGAAUCUAUCAUCGGACCAAUAGAAGUUCCGGAGAAUUUCAUUCCACCCAAGGAAUCGGCAUCAAAGAGAAAAGCUGAGGCCAUUGAAGUUCCUAAGGAUCCAAAACAGGCGCGUCUUGAGGCAUAUGAAAGUGAGAUAUGGAAUGCGAUAUACGCAAAGCUCGGUGAUCGACCUUGGAAGCCUGCAAAGAAUCACUCCAAUUCCUACCAAAUGUACAGUAAGGAUACAUGGGAGGAAGCUAAAAGAAAAUGCGAGGAAGGCCGAAGGCCAGGGAAAGGUAAACCAAUUACCAACGAAGUUAAGAAAAUGAUCACGAAAAUGUGGAAUGAAGCUCCAGAGAAUGUAAAGAAACCUUAUGUUGACAGGGCUUUCGAACGAAAACGAAUCUAUCAGGAAGCUGUUGCGGAUUAUAAUGUGAAAUCGGCGAAAUGGGAUAAAGACGCUUGGGAUUUCAGAGUACAGUAUGAAAAGGAUAACCCUAGUCUACCAGGUCCAGACGAGGACAUUGGGAGCCCUUGGAGACGUGAUAGAAAAGCAAAGAGGAACGCAAGUGGUUAUGCUGAAGAUUCCGGUUCGGAACUGGAUUUGUAAGAUGGAUUCCUGGUUUUGCAUUGCAUUGGCAUUGUACAAUAAGUAGGUGUGAUGAUUCAUCACAAUGGAGUUAUUACAUUGGCUUGGAGCACUUCCAACGGGGUGGAUGGCUAACUUCUGGCGUAUGGACGGAUGGGACUUGAACCAAACUUGAGGAUGGUAAAUGAAUUGGUUGCAUAUAGCUGGUUUUCCUUGCUUGAGUCUUGUCGGGCUCAAUGUUGUAUUUACGCCAGAAAUAGCAUAUACAUAAUUAUACAAAUCAUGUAAA